ACAGAACGACCUUUUCCUGCAUUGAAAGAAAAAAAAACUGUUCCGAGGCUGCGAGGCUUACUACCCUCUGGGAGAAUGGCCAGGUGCGGCUGCCUCAGCUGCUUCCAGAUCAGGUGUUGUCGGUCAGGCGGACGGGAAGAUGCCCUGAAUGAAUGGAGCAGGAAGACACAGGAGAAACUUCCAUUCUAAUGCAUCACUGUGGUGGGAAAAUCUCUUGACCAGGAUGGGCAACAAGCAAACAACCUUUACUGAGGGGCAGUUCGAGUCAUACCAGGACUGCACCUUCUUCACCCGGAAGGAAAUUCUACGGUUACAUGGUCGAUACCGUGAGUUGGCCCCACAUUUAGUACCACUGGACUAUACCAACGACCCGGACAUCAAACUGCCCCUAGCACUAAUCAUCACCAUGCCAGAACUAAAGGAAAACCCAUUCAGAGACCGAAUAGUGGAGACAUUCUCAGAGGAUGGCCGGGGGAACCUGACAUUCAGCGACUUUGUUGACAUGUUCUCUGCACUCUCUGAAACGUCCCCGAGAGAGCUCAAGACAGUAUAUGCCUUCAAGAUAUAUGACUUCAACAGGGACAACUUCAUCUGUAAGGAGGACUUGGAGAAGACUUUAAACAAGCUGACCAAAGGGGAGCUAACUCCAGAGGAGGUUGCCCUGGUGUGCGACAAGGCAGUAGAGGAGGCUGACCUUGACGGAGACAAUAAACUCUCCUUUGCAGACUUUGAGAAUAUGAUCUCCAAAGCUCCUGACUUUUUGAGCAACUUCCAUAUACGAAUCUGAGAAGUCACCAAGCAGCUGAGGUCCUCAAAGGGAAAGAUGUCACGCUCUGUCCAGUUCCAUGGUGCAGCUGGUGGUCAUUUUCCAGAUCUGUUGGCUCGGCGGUCUGAAUUUAGACAGAGCAGAAUCAGACAGAGCCUCCGACACAUAUCUCACUUCAACACAGUACCUGUCCUUUCCAACACAAGUGGAGAGGUCUCUGCAGGCAGGCUGUAUCCUUAGUGGCAUCCCUACAGCAGAGCCUGGGAGCUGAUUGAAUUGGCCAUGUGCUCUGGAUGCAGCAGUCGUGUCUGUACUAUGUGGUCUGAUUAUCAUGGAAGGACAGGCGUUUCUGGCCAAUUUACAUCUUCUCAGUAAGACAUAGAAACAACUAAGACAUUUCGCAAGAGAAAGACAUUGCUGCAUGAUCCUUUUCUCUAUACUCAAGUCUAACCAUUUGGGGACAGACAGUUAGGAACUCUGUCCAGGAGUGUAAGGGAUGGAAGUGAUAAACCAAGACGGGCUAUUUUUGAUACCAAGAGAGCUUAUCUGCACCAUAUGUGAUGUCUUCUCUGGCGGAGCUGGAACGUCUUUGCAGAUUUUCUGUUCCUCUGACAUGUCUGUCAGAGCAGAAAUUAGACGGAUCCUGGGAAGGACACAAUGUAAUGGAACAGACAUCUCUGUUUGAAGUGCUUUGUAGAAAAGGAAAGUAGACCUGUUGACAAUAUUUCGAAGCGAGUUUUAGUACAGUUUUAGUACAAAGGGCAAAACAGUUAAGAACUAUGCAAUCUUUCUUUGUGAGGUGCAUGGGUGCAAUGUAAAUUGCUUCUAGCUGUCGUUAUUUUUUUUAUUAUUAUUAUUUUAUCAUUGGUAUUGAGAAAAGUGCUAGUGAAUUAAGACAAUCAUAGUUAACUGUUGUUCAGUUUAUGGAAGGGCUCUCACAUCUUCACCGUGUUACACUUUGAUACUGUUUCCUGCUUCUAAAACUUCAUGUAAUGGUUUCCAC